CAAACUGUCCCAACACCAUAUUAUCAUACAUCCAUCUUCCCCUAAUAAGUAGAGAGAGAAAGAAAGUCUCUAGAUCUUAUGCUUUCAUCAAAGAGAUGCCUUCUUCAACCCUAUCUUUAAUACCAACACUUCUCCUACUCAUCUCCACCACCACCACCACCACCGCCACCACCAGUUAUAGCUUCAAAGAAGCACCAAAAUUCUACAACUCACCCACCUGCCCACCGGUAACCACCAUCUGCUCCGGCAAUGCAGUCCACGUGGCAAUGACCCUCGACGCCGCCUACCUCCGCGGCUCCAUGGCGGCGAUCCUCUCCGUCCUCCAACACUCCUCCUGCCCGGAAAACAUCCGCUUCCACUUCGUCGCCUCUUCCUCCGCCCACACCAAUAAUAUCCACGUCAUCAUCUCCACCUCAUUCCCUUACCUCAACUUCAACGUCUACACCUUCGAUGAUUCCGCUGUUUUAGGCCUCAUUUCAACCUCUAUUCGCUCCGCACUCGACUGCCCUCUCAACUACGCCCGUAACUACCUCGCUGAUCUCUUACCGACAUGCGUCAAAAAGGUUGUUUACCUCGACUCCGACCUCGUACUCGUCGACGACAUUGCAAAGCUAGCCGCCACUCCUUUCGGAGAAACCGAUAAUAAUGAUAUAGUACUGGCGGCGCCGGAAUACUGCAACGCUAAUUUUACAUCUUAUUUUACGCCGACAUUCUGGUCAAACCCUUCACUCUCUAUAACAUUUUCUGACCGUAAAGCAUGCUACUUCAACACCGGUGUUAUGGUUAUAGAUCUUGAGAAAUGGCGGGAAGGGGAUUAUACUACAAAGAUUGUUGAAUGGAUGGAGUUGCAGAAAAGAAUGAGGAUAUAUGAGUUGGGGUCUUUACCGCCAUUUUUGCUUGUGUUUGCCGGAAAGAUAGCUCCGGUGGAUCACCGGUGGAACCAGCAUGGGUUGGGUGGGGAUAACUUUGAAGGGUUGUGCCGGGAUUUGCAUCCGGGACCGGUGAGUUUGCUGCAUUGGAGUGGGAAAGGGAAGCCGUGGGUUAGACUAGAUGAGAAUAGAGCUUGCCCUUUGGAUGCACUUUGGGCGCCUUAUGAUCUUUUGCAAACAUCAAAUGAUGUUCUUGACUCUUGAGGUACAAGAAAAAAGAAUACUAUUUGUCAACAAUUUUCCCAAAAUCAUAAACCCUAGCUAGCUAGCCAAAAUAUUGUCUAUGAUCUAUACAUAUACAUAUAUUAUGCUUAUAUGUAUACGGGUAUACGACUAUACCAGAGUAUGUAUAUGUAUAUUCGGUUUGGUUCGAUCCAUUGACGGGUUCAAAUAACUGAACAAGUCUAUGAGAUCGUAGUCGAUGUAUUUUGGGGAAAACAUGGUGUGUGUAAAUUAUGAUGCCGCGAUAGAUAUACACAUUUUGGUAUUUUGGUAGAAUAGUAUUGUAGAAAUGGAAUUGAAUGAAAUGAAAUGAAAUGCAACAUAUGUUCUUUCAUCAUAUGUUAUGAUGAA